AUUACAUAAUCACUUCACCCACUGUUCGAGCAUGGACGAUUUCGACUCUUAUGCAGAAAAUGAAUCUGGCGGCUCCACGUCACAAUCUGCUGUCGAAACCAAGCCAAACGGACAUGUGCCAUCUAGGAUCACGCUCGUCUUACCUUCGCUCAAAGCUAUCAAAGCUGCGAAGUUGGGAAAGAAGUCGAACCUGAAAAACUUUGGGUCCAUGCAGGAUGCAGAGGCGAAGAAGGCGCCGAGGCCGAUGAAGCUCAAACCGUUGAAAGAGGUAUUGAUGAAACUGAUUACGCAGUUGAAAAAGAAGGAUGAUUAUGCGUUUUUCAUCUCUGCGGUGGAUCCGACGCGAGUGCCAGGGUAUGCGGAUGUGAUUAAGCAUCCUAUGGAUCUUGGGACUAUGUCUACCAAAGUUGCCAAGGGGAAGUAUCGCUCGUUGGAAGAGUUUACAACAGACUUCCGCUUAGUCGUCACCAAUGCCAAAACAUUCAAUCCUCCCGGAACGAUUUAUCAUACAGAAGCCGACCGCCUCGAAGUAUGGGGACUCGAUCAUAUCUCCAAGGCAUCUGCGCAUGUGAUUGAAUACGAGACGGAUUGGAACAUCGAUGUGGAACAGGACGAGGAUGCUACUUUGAAUGUUGAUGAGGAAGAUGAUCAUAUUACUGCGUCUACUCCGAGAGACAUCGAAGGGAGUCAAGUUGCAGCUUCACCUGCACCGUCUUCUGUUCCCCAACAGUACAUGAGGCGGGGGCCUCGAGGGCCUUACAAAAAGGGCACAUCGAUGGGUAUCUCGGAGGGUCUUGAUGCGGAAGGGAGGCUUCCUGGCUCGAAAGAUGGUGUCGGAGCAUUUCCUCCCGGCUCUGAUUGGGCGGAAAUGAUGGUUGCGCUCAAAAUAAAAGGGAAGCGUUAUAGAACUAAGAAAGAACGAUUAAGAAUUGAAAAGGAGGGCCUGCCCCACCUUCAUGAUGGCAGUCUCGACUAUACAGAGGUGGAAGAUCCGUUUUCUCUGCUCAACGUCUUGGUGCCUGAACCGCUCUCUAAACCCCAACUUACUCCGUUAUACCCUUCUGCUCAAGCAAAUAAUCCAGCACAAAGCCUCUUCCCAGCGCCAGUCAAUGUGUCUUCCGCGCAUCCCUCUCCAACACUGGCCACUAGUCUUACUUCGACUUCACAACCCACACCACGGCGCAGGCACUGGACGAUUGUCCGUAAUGCAUCUACAAGAGCAAAACUAAAAGAGAAAGAGGACGAAGAGCCCCAGUCGACAGAAUCCCGUGAUCCAUUUCCGUCUGACUUUGGCUCUUUUGCUGCAUUAGGAGCAGAGCUAGGCGCGUCGGCAUGCUCUGAAGAGAGACUGGCUACGUCUAUACGAGCCAGCAUCGAGAAUCGUCCCAUCAAAAGAAGCUUGAAAGCGGGGGUUGAGAGUGAGUACUGGACGGAUGAGAAAGCAGAGGAGGCGUGGGACUACGUGCGGGACGUGGUAUACGGCGGAGUUGAUGGGUUCGCCUACGUUAGAAGCAUUGCCGAGUUCGUGUGCCCGCCAGAGGAGUUUUCUCGCCAGACAGAGCAUACUCACCCCCUCGGCACAUCCGUGGCUCGAUACGUGGAACAACAUCUGGUUGACGUCGUCACUCGUGGACGGCACGAGCUACUCCGCACCACAGCGGCGUACCUGCACUCAGUCUUGAAAGAGUCUCUGACACCAACGAUGGAAGCACAAAUGGCAGCCAGCCUCACGUUCCGGCCCACAGUGUUCCGUCUGAUAAAGGCAUUGCAACACGAGCAGCUGGAUAUGGCAGCGCUUAUCCGAUCCCCAGAUGAGUUGGAGAAAGCUGGCUUAGGUGAACUUGGGAUAUCCGAGGGUCCCACGGCUUUGGAACAGGCAUUGGAGUGUACCGUGCAAGCGCUAGAAGAGCUUGAUAGGAGGGUGGAGCAAAACAAGGGGGUGAAGCGAGAGGAAGAGGAUGUGAUGGAUGUGGACGGGGCUGAGGAGGACGUUGUAGCUAAGAAGCUGAGGCUGAUGUUGUUGGCGCUUGCGAAACGUGCCCCGCUUGACAAGAUCGCGCCUUUACCUGCUGCGCUUGUGCCAGCGCAUAUUCGGCAAAUUGUGCCGACUGUUUAGGACGAUGUUGCUGAUACGUGGCAGACUUUGGGAUUGGACUGCAUUUUAGAUUAUACGUGUAAGUAUGAUGAUAGUAGAAGUAAUAACGACAGUUUUUGUGAAAGGU